AUGUCGGAGAGCUAUGAUGUCGGCACCAGAGCGUGGCAGCCCGACGCGACCGAGGGCUGGGUUGCGUCCGAGGUGAUCAAGAAGACGGUAGACGGGUCAAAAGUCUCCCUCGAGUUUCAACUAGAAAAUGGCGAGACCAAAAAGCUGGAGGUCUCUUUGGAGGCUCUCCAGUCAGGGAACGACCCGUCGCUACCGCCUCUCAUGAACCCGACCAUGCUCGAAGCUAGCGAUGACCUCACGAACCUCUCGCAUCUCAACGAACCUGCCGUCCUGCAGGCCAUCCGUCUCCGAUACCUCCAGAAAGAAAUCUACACAUACUCAGGUAUCGUGCUAAUAGCGACCAACCCCUUCGCCCGGGUCGACUCGCUCUAUGUUCCGGGUAUGGUCCAGGUAUAUGCAGGGAAACAGAGGGCUACACAAGCGCCCCAUCUUUUCGCUAUUGCCGAGGAGGCCUUCAUGGACAUGUUGCGUGACGGCAAGAACCAAACUGUUGUCGUUUCGGGUGAGUCCGGUGCCGGCAAGACUGUCAGCGCCAAGUACAUUAUGAGAUACUUCGCGACAAGAGGAUCCCCCGACACGCCGGGCUCGAGGGCGAAGAAGGGCCCCGAGGCCAUGAGCAAGACGGAAGAGGCCAUCCUUGCCACAAAUCCCAUCAUGGAAGCUUUCGGAAACGCAAAGACGACCAGGAACGACAACUCAUCGCGCUUCGGCAAGUACAUCGAAAUCAUGUUUGACAAGGAGACCAACAUCAUCGGCGCCAAAAUCAGGACGUAUCUGUUGGAGCGGUCAAGAUUGGUCUUUCAACCGCUUAAGGAGCGGAACUACCAUAUCUUUUACCAGAUUGUGGCCGGUAUGUCAGACAAGGAGCGCCAGGAGCUUGGCUUGCUACCGGUCGAGCAGUUCGAAUACCUGAACCAGGGUAACAUGCCGACCAUUGACGGCGUGGACGACAAGGCUGACGACGCAGACCAGGCCGAUAUCUUCAAGCUGCUCGCGGGUCUGCUGCAUUUGGGCAACGUCAAGAUUGGCGCAGCGCGAAAUGACAGCGUGCUCUCGGCGACUGAGCCCGCCCUGGUGAAGGCUUGUGAGAUUCUCGGCAUCGAUGCUACCGAAUUCGCCAAAUGGGUUGUUAAGAAACAGCUCGUUACGCGCGGUGAGAAGAUCACAUCCAAUCUGACACAGGCGCAGGCCAUCGUCGUCAGGGAUUCCGUCGCCAAAUUCAUCUACUCGAGUAUGUUCGACUGGCUGGUCGAGAUCAUCAACCGGAGUCUUGCGACGGAGGAUGUGCUCAACAGGCCUUGCAUCGACUUGAUCGAGGGCAAACUCGGCAUCCUUUCGCUAUUGGACGAGGAAUCCAGGCUGCCCAUGGGUUCCGAUGAGCAGUUCGUGAACAAGCUGCAUCACAACUACGCCGCCGACAAGCACAAGUUCUACAAGAAGCCGAGGUUCGGCAAGUCUUCCUUCACCGUCUGCCAUUAUGCUGUCGACGUGGCGUACGAGUCGGAUGGGUUCAUCGAAAAGAACCGUGACACAGUUCCGGAUGAGCACAUGGCCGUCCUUCGCGCCUCGACAAACAAAUUCCUCGGCGCCGUCCUUGAAGCGGCGUCGGCUGUGCGAGAGAAGGACGUUGCGUCGGCGAGCUCUAAUGCAGUGAAGCCGGCGGCGGGCAGGAGGAUCGGUGUCGCUGUUAACCGCAAGCCGACACUCGGUGGCAUCUUCAAGUCCUCGCUGAUCGAGCUCAUGAACACCAUCAACAGCACCGAUGUUCACUACAUCCGCUGCAUCAAGCCCAACGAGGCGAAGGAGGCCUGGAAGUUCGAGGGGCCCAUGGUGCUGAGCCAACUCCGCGCCUGCGGUGUACUAGAAACAGUCCGCAUCAGCUGCGCAGGUUAUCCUACGAGGUGGACCUACGAGGAGUUUGCUCUGCGAUACUACAUGCUGGUACCCUCAACAGAAUGGACUUCGGAGAUUCGGGAAAUGGCAAACGCGAUCUUGACCAAGGCACUCGGCACUAGCACAGUUAAGGGCAUGGACAAGUACCAGCUAGGCCUCACAAAGAUCUUUUUCCGAGCCGGCAUGCUGGCUUUCCUGGAGAACCUUCGCACCAACCGGCUCAACGAUUGCGCCAUUAUGAUUCAGAAGAACCUCAAAGCCAAGUACUACCGCAAGAAAUACUUGGAGGCCCGGGCCUCCAUCAUUGCGUUCCAGGCCACGACGAGGGCCUACAAGGCCCGGAAGUCUGCGCAAGAGAUGCGGACGGUCAGGGCUGCCACCACGAUCCAGAGAGUCUGGCGCGGACAUAAACAGAGGAAGCAAUUCCUCCGCGUCAGAAACGAUAUCAUCCGCGCCCAAGCGGCCUUCAAGGGCUACCUUCGGCGUAAGGAGAUCAUGGAGACCCGCAUGGGCAAUGCUGCCCUCAUCAUCCAGCGGAGCUGGCGGUCAAGGAGGCAACUCCGAGCAUGGAGGGACUUCCGCAGGAAGGUCGUCAUUGCCCAAAGUUUGUGGCGUGGAAGGUCUGCUCGCAAGGAGUACAAGGUCAAGCGUGCUGAAGCUCGCGAUCUCAAACAGAUUUCGUAUAAGCUCGAGAACAAGGUGGUGGAGCUGACGCAGUCUCUGGGUAGUAUGAAGGCGCAAAACAAGGAGCUCAAGACGCAGGUGGAGAACUACGAAGGCCAGGUCACCAUCUGGAGGAACCGGCACAACGCCCUCGAGGCGCGGACCAAGGAGCUACAGACCGAGGCCAACCAAGCGGGUAUCGCUGCUGCCCGUCUCGAGGCCAUGGAAGCUGAGAUGAAGAAGCUCCAAGCGAGCUUCGAGGAGUCGGUGGCCAGCGUCAAGAGAAUGCAGGACGAGGAGCGGCAGCUCCGGGAAUCGCUUCGUGUUACGAGCACGGAGCUCGAGACUGCGCAUGAGGAGAGCCAGCGCCAAGAGGCCGAUAAGAAUUCGCUCCGGCAGCAGCUCGCUGAGCUCCAAGAAGCGCUCGAGCAAGCCCGGCGGGCUGUUCCCGUCAACGGCGAGCUUGCCAACGGUCACGCUACCACCCCCGCCGCACCUCCCGGCCUUAUCAACUUGGUGGCAGCCAAGAAGCCCAAGCGGCGGAGCGCGGGCGCCGAGGUCCGUGAGAUUGAUAGGUACAGCACGACCUAUAACCCUCGCCCCGUUUCCAUGGCCGUGCCCGGCGGCAACCGGCAGACCACCAUGUCCGGGUCGACCUACAUUCCUGGCGUCGACAGCAUCGAGCUGGAGCUCGAGUCUCUGCUUGCCGACGAGGACGCUCUUCACCAGGAGGUUACUCUGGGUCUCAUCCGCAACCUCAAAAUACCGUCUCCCACGGGCAACCCCGCGCCUUCGGACAAGGAGGUUCUGUUCCCGUCGUUCCUCAUCAACUUGGUCACGUCAGAAAUGUGGAACAAUGGUUUUGUCAAGGAGUCGGAGCGCUUCCUCGCCAACGUCAUGCAGUCCAUCCAACAGGAAGUCAUGCAACACGACGACGACGAGUCUAUCAACCACGGCGCCUUCUGGCUAUCUAACGUGCACGAGAUGCUGUCGUUUGUCUUCCUCGCCGAGGACUGGUAUGAGGCGCAAAAGUCGGACAACUACGAGUAUGACCGCCUACUCGAGAUCGUUAAACAUGAUCUGGAGAGCCUCGAAUUUAACAUAUACCACACCUGGAUGAAGAUGCUCAAGCGCAAGCUCAGCAAGAUGGUCAUCCCCGCCAUCAUCGAGUCGCAGUCCCUGCCGGGCUUCGUAACUAAUGACAACACUCGAUUCCUGGGCAAGCUCCUGCAAAGCAACAGCCAGCCGGCAUAUAGCAUGGAUAACCUGCUGUCGUUGCUCAACAACGUGUUCCGCGCCAUGAAGGGCUACUAUCUCGAGGACGCCAUCAUCAUGCAGACCACCACGGAGCUGCUCAAACUGGUCGGCGUGACGGCCUUCAACGACCUGCUGAUGCGUCGCAACUUCCUCUCGUGGAAGCGUGGCCUGCAGAUCAACUACAAUAUUACCCGCAUUGAGGAGUGGUGCAAGAGCCACGAGAUGCCCGAGGGCACGCUCCAGCUCGAGCAUCUGAUGCAAGCGACAAAGCUCCUCCAGCUCAAGAAAGCUACCCUGAACGAUAUCGAGAUCAUUCAGGAUAUCUGCUGGAUGCUCUCUCCCAACCAGAUUCAGAAACUUCUGAACCAGUAUCUCGUCGCCGACUACGAGCAGCCCAUUAACGGCGACAUCAUGAAGGCGGUCGCGUCGCGCGUCACGGAGAAGAGCGAUGUCCUCUUGCUUCCGGCUCUCGACAUGGACGACAGUGGGCCGUACGAAAUCGCCGAGCCCAGAGUCAUUACCGCUCUGGAGACAUAUACACCAUCUUGGUUACAAACCCCGCGCUUGAAGCGCCUCGCCGAGAUCGUUUCGCAACAGGCCAUCGCCCAGCAGGAGAAGCUCGAAUACGGCUCUGAGAUGGGCGACGAGGGAGAGGACGAGGGUGGCUACGACGACGGCCAGAGCGCCGGUGACAUGACCCAGGUCGACCAAACCGAGCAGGCCGAGCGGGCCAGCCAGGCCAGCCGGCCGACGAGCAUGGCAGCAGCGAGCGCCGCUUAG